UGCUUUUCUUUCUCUCUAUACAUAUUCAAUCAUGAGAAAGCCUAUUUACAGUUUGACCAGAAAGUUGGGACGUAUGUCCUGGAACAAAUACAAUUUGUACAAUAUUGCUCAAAAGGAACUUCCCAACAUGAACAACAAAACUCUUUUCCAACAAAAGUGGGUUGCUAAAAGAGAAACCCGUGCUUACCAUGGUGAUGAAGUGACAGAACGUCAAUUCAAGAACAAGUUCUUUGAUCCCAAGUUACCAGAAGUCCUCUCUUCUCUUGAUCCCAACCAAGCUCACCCUCCUGUUGCUGUUCUUACUUUUGCUGAACUUGAGCGUCGUUUAGACUUUGUUGUCUUUAGAUCCAACUUUUGUCCUUCUGUUUACGCUGCUCGUCAAUUAUGUGUGCACGGCAAGGUGUUGGUCAAUGGUAAAAAGAUGGCUUAUCCUUCUCACAAAUUAAAAGAUGGUGAUGUUGUAACAGUUGAUCCUCAUGCUAUUCAAUUCCUUAAGGGAGAAAAAGGACAAGAGUUAGAUUUUACACCCAAACCAUUCUCACAACCUUUUAUGUUUGUUCCAGAAUAUCUCGAAGUCAACUACAACACCUGUCAAACUGUAUUUUUGAGAUCACCUGUUUCUCGACCAGGACGCUCAGAAAUUCCUUCACCUUUCCCUCCUGAAUUCCAUUCUCUCGCUUAUGAAUAUUAUGCUCGUAACAAAUAAUUGCGUUAUUAGAUGUUUAUAAAAACAACAAAAAUCUGUAAAAUAAAGAUAUUAAAAUAUAAAAAGUCACAUCAUUCAA